AUGGUAAAAGCUCCCCAGAGUGAAGAGAGGCUGGCCAGAGGAGGAAAGGGGAAUAACUCAGUUUUAGCCUGCGAAGCCCAGGCCUCUUGGAGCAUCUUUGGGGCUGACGCAGCAGAGGUUCCGGGCAUCUGCGGCCACUCCCACCAGGAGGCUGCCAUGCCCCACAUUCCCGAGGAUGAGGAGCCCCCCGGAGAGCCACAGGCAGCCCAGAGCCCUACCAGCCAAGGCCCUCUUACCACAGGAAUAACUUGCAGUCCACCUACCAUUGUUCUCACUGGGGAUGCCAGUUCACCGGAAGGAGAAACUGACAAAAACCUGGCCAACAGAGCUCACAGUCCCCACAGGAGGCUUUCUCACCGACACUUGAAGGUUUCUACUGCUUCGCUGACUUCUGUGGACCCUGCGGGGCACGUCAUUGACCUGGUAAAUGACCAGCUGCCAGAUAUCAACAUCUCAGAGGAGGACAAGAAGAAAAACCUGGCACUGCUGGAAGAAGCCAAGUUGGUGAGCGAGCGAUUCCUAACCCGCCGCGGGAGGAAGUCCAGGAGCAGCCCCGGGGACUCCCCGUCAGCUAUUUCCCCAAACCUCAGCCCCGGAGCGUCUCCGGCAUCCUCUCGGAGCAACUCGCUCACCAUCCCGACCAUUCCAGGUUUGGAUGCAUGCAGUGGCCCACAGUCCCCUCUACCUGGAGCACCACCACAGAAGGAGGAUGAGGCCAAAGUCUCUUCACCUUAUCUUGGCGAGCCUAAUAUCCCCAAAGGGCUAGCUGACCGGAAGCAGAAUGACCAGAGGAAAGUGUCUCAAGGCAGGCUAACUCCUCGUUCUCCUACAGUUGAAAAAUCCAAAGAGAUUGCAAUAGAACAAAAAGAAAACUUUGAUCCCCUCCAGUGCCCUGAGGCCACACCCAAAGGCCCAGCUUCUGGCACAGGCAGUGGUGGGAAAAUGGCCCUGAACAGCCCCCAGCCUGGCCCUGCUGAGAGUGGGCUUGCCCAGCCACUACUGAAGACAGCCAGGGAGGGCAACCCUCUGCCCAGAAGUCCAGCCCAGGGCUCCGGAGGGGUGGCUCCCCUGGCCCCCCAGGGAAAAAGCACAGCUGUAGAGCCAACGGGGUCCAAGGUUGGCUCCAAAGCUGAGCUUCGGCCACCCCUGCUGCGAGGGGUCUCCUGGGACAGCGGCCCUGAAGAACCUGGCCCCCUGCUACAGAAAGUGCUUGCCAAGCUGCCACUGGCAGAAGAAGAGAAGCGUUUUGCAGGCAAAGCCAGCAGCAAGCUGGCAAAGGCUCCUGGACUCAAAGACUUUCAGAUACAAGUGCAGCCUGUGCGGAUGCAGAAACUGACGAAACUCCGUGAGGAGCACAUCUUGAUGAGAAAUCAGAACUUAGUGGGGCUCAAACUUCCAGACCUUAGUGAAGCAGCUGAGCAGGAAAAAGGGCUCCCUUCUGAACUCUCCCCGGCUGUUGAGGAAGAAGAAUCUAAGAGUGGCAUGGAUGUCAUGCCCAAUAUUUCUGAUGUACUGCUGCGCAAACUGCGAGUCCACAAGUCUCUCCCUGGAAGUGCCCCUCCGCUCACUGAAAAGGAAGUUGAGAACGUCUUUGUACAACUGUCCUUGGCCUUUAGAAAUGACAGCUACACCCUGGAAUCUAGAAUUAACCAGGCCGAAAGGGAACGCAACCUGACAGAGGAGAACACUGAGAAGGAACUGGAAAACUUCAAAGCUUCCAUUACGUCCUCAGCUUCACUCUGGCAGCACUGUGAACACCGGGAGACCUAUCAGAAGCUGCUGGAGGACAUUGCUGUCCUGCACCGCUUGGCUGCCCGCCUCUCCAGCAGAGCCGAGAUGGUGGGGGCUGUCCGCCAGGAAAAGCGCAUGUCAAAGGCAACAGAGGUGAUGAUGCAGUAUGUGGAGAACCUGAAGAGGACAUAUGAGAAGGACCAUGCGGAGCUCAUGGAAUUUAAAAAGCUUGCAAAUCAGAAUUCAAGCCGUAGCUGCGGCCCCUCUGAAGAUGGAGUCCCUCGCACAGCGCGGUCCAUGUCCCUCACGCUGGGAAAGAAUAUGCCCCGCCGCAGGGUCAGCGUUGCUGUGGUUCCCAAGUUUAAUGCCCUGAACCUGCCCAGCCAACCUCCAAGUUCAUCUUCCCUCCCCUCCUUACCAGCUCUGUCAGAAUCACCCAGUGGGAAAGGCAACCUACCUGUCGUCACCUCAGCAUUGCCUGCACUUUUGGAAAAUGGAAAAACAAAUGGCGACCCAGAUUGUGAAGCCUCUGCUCCCAUGCCGACUCCAAUCUGCCUGGAGGAGAUUAGCCAGGUGACCAAGGCCAGGAUGGAGGAAGAAGCGUACAACAAGGGAUACCAGGAAGGUCUAAAGAAGACCAAAGAGCUUCAAGACCUAAAGGAAGAGGAGGAAGAACAAAAGAGUGAGAGUCCGGAGGAACCUGAAGAGGUAGAAGAGACUGAAGAAGAAGAAGAAAAGAACCAGAGAAGCAGCAAACUUGAAGAAUUGAUUCAUUUCUUACAAGUCAUGUAUCCCAAACUGUGUCAGCACUGGCAAGUUAUCUGGAUGAUGGCUGCAGCGAUGCUGGUCUUGACUGUUGUUCUGGGACUGUACAAUUCCUAUAACUCUUGUGUGGAACAGGCUGAUGGGCCCCUUGGGAGAUCCACUUGCUCCGCAGCCCAGAGGGACUCCUGGUGGAGCUCAGGACUCCAGCACGAGCAGCCUACAGAGCAGAAGGAAACCUGA